ACCAGUUUUCAGCAAACAAACCCGCCGCCAACAGCGAAGCCUCGUUUUGGCCAAAAACCCACGUAUUCGCUGAGACCGAGCAUCGCUUCCAGAUCUUAAGAUCAACUACCGCUGACGCACUGGGUGCUCUCUGAGACCGGCUUGAAGCGCUGUUGCUGUUGCUGUUGUUGUUGUUGUUUUUGUUGCCGCAGUUUCAGACUUCUUGACGUUGUUAAGCUUUCGCAUCUGGGUUUGGUUGCCUAUAAAAUAACAAGAGACAAACGUGCGUUUUAUUAUUUCAACAUCGCACUUGGCGCGCAACGGUCGCAUAUGCUACAGCGCUUUACUCUAUCAUAAGCUAGAAAAUUUAGAAACCACACACACGCACACAUAUACAUCUAUCUAUUUGCUUGACAGAGAUCUUGACCAUUAUCAGCAUGUGCAACAAUAGGACUCUGCUGCUACUUAGCAUUGUACUGACCGCUCUGUGUCUGCUGCAGUGUGGCGAGGCGCUUCCUUCCAUAGGACACUAUGGCAAGAGAUUUGAUCCCAUGGGCGGCAUUGAUUUCAUUCAGAUUUGCCUUAACAACUGCGCUCAGUGCAAGAAAAUGUUUGGGGACUACUUCCAGGGCCAGACCUGUGCCGAGUCCUGUCUCAAGUUCAAAGGCAAAGCCAUACCGGAUUGCGAAGAUAUUGGCUCUAUAGCGCCGUUUCUGAACGCGCUCGAAUAGAGGUUUCAAAGAUUUAUCCGACUCUUAUAAACUGUAUGUGUAUGUGUGUGAGGAGUGUGUGGAUUUUUAUCGCCUGUGACUCAGACGCGUAUUUGGGUCAAUGCGAUGCGAUGUUCAACACGAUCUUGGCUGCUGCCGAACACGACCACAACCACGAUGACGACAACACUGAAACUGGCGCUUGCUAUAUACGAUUUAAUGGCUUUAACUACAAUAUUUUACUAGAGUUUCCGGCAAAACCUCAGCUCAGCACGUAACCAAAGAAGUUCCUAUAGUACUUACUUACCAACUAACAUAUGGUGUUAACCAGCAUUCAAUAAUAACAAGAAUUUAAAGAAACA